AUGCCCUCAGUCUCUCUACAACUCCCGCCAUUUUCUUCUCCCGCCAAACACACCAACACCCUCCAAUCAAACAAGCCCCAAUCCAUCGAUUCCCUACGUCUACUACCUGAAGAUCCCUUUCGCAACUCCAUAGCUUCCGUCCAGUUCUUGAAUUCUUGUGCGGCCAAUCGCGAUCUGAAAUCAGCAGCGUGCAUUCACGCAGGCGUCUUGAAAUCUGGCCUUGAUCCCGACGUGUUCGUUGGCAAUUCACUUCUGGAUGCGUACGUGAAAUGCCGGAGUUUGGAAGAUGCUGUUAGACUGUUUGAUCGAAUGCCCGAGAGAAAUGUUGUGUCCUGGACUUCAAUGAUAUCAGGUCAAUGCCAGAGCAGAUUGCAUGAUGCGGCAAUAUCCACUUUCAAGAAGAUGUUGGAGAGUGGGCCACCGCCUAAUGAAUUCACUCUCUCGGUCAUGCUACAAGCUUGUACCCAAAAACAGGGCCUCGAGAUGGGUAAGAUGAUACAUGGUUAUAUAAUUCGAAAUGGGUACAUCUGUGAUCAGUUUAUACAGAAUUCUUUGAUUGACAUGUACUCGAAAUCUGGGUCCUCGGUGGCUGCAGGGAAAUUGAUGGAUAGAUUGAGUUGUAGAGAUGUUGUCUCUUGGACGUCUAUAAUUUCCGGUUGUGUUGUUGAAGGACUUGUCGAGAAGGCAUUGGUUUUGUUCUUUGAGAUGCAAGAAGAUGGUGUUAUGCCAAAUGCAGUGACUAUCAUCAGCAUCAUCCAUGCAAUCUCUUUGGUGAAUGAAUUGAAAUUUUUUAGGUGGAUCCAUGGCUGGGUUGUAAAAACAAAUUUGUGUAGUGAUCCUUUUGUGGUGAAUUCUUUUGUGGAAAUGUAUUCUAGAAAUGGGUUUGUUGAAGGUGUGAAGAUUUUUGGUCAGUUCUGUUUUACGGAGUUAGCAUCAUUGCAACAAGGCCAGAUCAUCCAUGGAUACAUAACAAAUUCAGGAUUCGGGUGUGAUGUUUAUAUUGGGAACUCCCUUAUAGACAUGUAUGCCAAGUCGGGCAGGAUUGAUUUUGCAAAGUGGAUCUUUGAGGACAUGCCUACAAGGGAUUUGGCUUCUUGGAAUUCAAUGAUUGCAGUGUACGGAAUCCAUGGGGAUGGUGUUUCUGCUCUAUGGGUUUUUAGUGAGCUUGAGAGAUUUGGGGCUCACCCUCCAAAUGCAAUAACGUUUCUUAACAUUCUCGCAGCAUGUGGGCAUUCAGGACUGGUAAAAGAAGGAUACGAGUGCUUUAACAAAAUGAGUAGGGACUAUGGCAUUGAGCGUAGCAUGGAGCAUUUCGCUUGCAUGGUCGAUCUCUUGGGAAGGUCGGGACGACUCAAAGAAGCCGAAGAUUUCAUAGAAGAGAUGCCUAUGAGGCCUGGCCUGGCUGUAUGGGGAGCUCUAUUGGGUGCUUGUGCGCUUUUUGGCGAAGUUGAGAUUGCAAAGAGAGUUGUGGAGAGGCUUUCUGUUUUAGAUCCAGGAAGCAAGGCUUGGAGAGUGGCUAUGUCCAAUGUUUAUGGAGCGGUUGGCAGAUGGGAUGAUGCAGUGAGGUUGAGAGAGGAAAUGAGGGGUGGUGAGGUCCUAGAAGAAGCAGGAUGGAGCUGUGUGGAGGUAAGAGGGGAGAGCUUUAGAUUCAUGGUGGGAGAUACAAGACAUCCCAAGAGCACAACUAUUUAUGAGACAUUGAAUGGGAUUGGAGACCAGAUAAGAGAUACUGCUUUGGUUGCUAAGAGAUUCUGA